ACUUCACGCAGAAAGACCUUCCCGAACUCCAGCGUUGACGAGCUCCAAUAAUGGUGAUCAUGUCCAGAUCCUUUGCACUUGUUGCCACUGCCGUCAUGGCAUCUACCGCGGUAAUCCAGGCCUCUCCACUCCAAUACGACCCAUACACACCUGUGAACGUUUCGGUUCCCUUGACGCCGUCGCACCCGGCGUAUGGUGCUCAAACGAAGGACUGCGUCGAACCGAUCGUGCCUGAAGACCCGAAUCAAGCCAACGCUGAGUCAAUGACGCUCCAGAGCUCCAUUUACCGGGAGCUACGCUCAAUGGAAGACUCGACCAACUCCGACAUCCAGGAUAUCGAGCUCUUCUUCGGAUCCGAAGUGGAAGUCAACUUCCAGACGCUCAAGAGUCAGUACGCAUCGGGCCAAGCGCCAACAACACCGUGGGCAAGUAGCUAUUGGCCGACUUACCAGGACAGCAUUAACCAUGUCUGGAAGACCGGUGAGGCCAGUGCUUCAGAGAAAUACGCCAAGGCGUACGAUAUGGACGUCACCGAAUUCAAGAACAAGAUCUCGGCUAGAAACGGCAUAGACUCGCGCAAACGUAGCGCUGCGUGCACGAUCAACUCGGACUGUAAGAGUCGUAAGGAUGGCAGCGUCUGUGCUAAGCGUGACGGCAUGACGUCGGGCUACUGCAUCCCAGCUUGGUUUGGCAUGUGCCACGCGUGGGCACCAGCGGCUAUCCUUGAACCGGAACCGCAGUGCGACGUGGUUAAGAACGGUAUCACAUUCCACGUCAUGGAUAUCAAAGGCCUACUCACGUCUCUAUACGACGGAGCCUCCAUCAAGACGGUGUUCACCGGCGCUCGCUUCAACGGCCCGGACACCCCGGCGAACAAAGAUCAGUACGGUCGAUUCACCGACGCUGCCCGUCGUGACUUAGGCGCCGGUUUUUUCCACAUCGCAAUCACCAACAUCAUGGCCAAGCAGAAUCGAUCGUUCGUUGUGGAUGUGACUGCAGGUGCAGAGGUAUGGAAUCAGCCUGUGCGCUCGUUCAGGGUUCAAAGCAUGGAUCUGGUGAACACUCGCAUGGCCUCGAUGCGCUACUUUGGCGUGCCCAGCUACCCGUUCAACGACAAGAUGGUGCAUUUGGCGUACGUCAAGACCACGUUUAGCUGGGUGGUCGAGUCAUACAACGACGGCCCGCUCGUGUCCUCUGGUCAGAUCGACUCGUACACGACGUCGAAGGACUAUGAGUAUUUGCUGGAGCUGGACGCCAACUACAACAUCAUCGGCGGUGAAUGGAUCGGUCAGUCCAAAGAGGACCACCCCGACUUCUUAUGGUUCCCGACGGCCAAACCCGACGCUAACGCCGUCGCCAGCACCGGAUUAAGCUAUGCUAACGUCCAAGAGCUACUCAAAAUGUCGCUCUCUUGCGAAGCUUAGAAACCCAUUUUUGUCCCAAAACUGUAUGCAUGUACCAAAAUUUACGUCGUUUUUACCGAAAA